AUGAGGAGCUCUUCCAUGGUGUUCCCGAAUGAAGAGGGAGGAGAAGGGGCUGCUCCGAAGACCCUCGGGAAUUAUCCCUCCACCGUCGCGGCUUUCCUGAGAAGAGUGAAUGGCGAGCAUGACCUGAGAAGAGUGGUACAUGGCAUCAAAGUCGGGAUCGCGCUCGUUUUGGCCUCAAUCGUGGCCUUUAUCACUCCAGCGUACAAUAUAUUCGAAACAGAUGCCGUGUGGGCUGUCAUGACCGUCGUGGUCAUGUUCGAGUUCUAUGCAGGGGCGGCAUUAAGCAAGGGAUUGAACCGUGCGGUGGGGACUUUAUCGGGUGGUAUGUUGGGGUGCAUGUCGGCAGUCUUGGCUAAACUCAUUGACGGCAAGGUCGGGCAGGACAUUGGCGUUGGCACCGCGGUAUUCAUCUUUGGUGCCGCGGCUACAUAUGUUCGAUCGAUUCCUUGCAUAAAGAGGAAGUACGACUAUGGUGGCAUGAUCUUCAUCCUCAGCUUCAGUCUGGUGGCCGUAUCAAGCGUCCAAUUCCAAAGCUCCAAAGAAAUCUUGAAAACUGCCACCGAGCGCCUCGAGACGGUCAUGAUAGGGUUUGCGGCCACCAUUUUCACGAGCUUGUUCAUCUUCCCUAUUUGGGCUGGCGACGAACUUCACGUGUCUAUCGCCUCCAAAUUCGAGCACCUUGCUUGUUCAAUGGAAGGACUAUUGGAUACGUACUUUGAUGCGGUGGCCGAUAAGGAAAGCAAGGGUGACGGAAGCUGCAAAAGCUGUAGACCGGUUCUGAAUUCGAAAGCAAAGGACGAGUCUCUGGCGAAUUUUGCGAAAUGGGAACCGUGGCACAGGAGGUUUGGGCUAUUUUAUCCAUGGGACAAGUAUCUAAAGGUCGGAGAGCUUCUUAGGGAGCUAGCAGCCACCAUUGUUUCACUUGAUGUUUGUGUUCAAUCUUCUAGGCAGCCGGCCGGUGACCUAAGACAGUCGAUCAAGGAACCUUGCGAACUGGUUGCGUCAUCCCUCGCGAGGACUCUCCGGGAGCUUGGGGAGAGCCUCAUGAAUAUGAGAAGGUGCCAAUCGGAUGCACUGGUCUUGCGAAAGCUCAGGUCGUCAUGGCUUGUACUGAGGCUCUACAUGUCUCCCACCAAGCUCGAGAAUGCCUGCAACUCAGGCGAGGAUCUCGCUAUCUCGACCUUCGUGUUCUUACUCACAGAGAUGUUGGAGAAGCUGGAACGGCUGGCGAAUGAGGUGGAAGAGCUCGGUGAGCUCGCUAAAUUCAAGAUUAAUGAUAUGUAG